UGUGUUCUGCCCCCUCCUAAGAAAAGGUUUUGUAGUAAUUAUGCACGAUCUGUGAACCAGAUCUUGCAAGGUAUGACCAAUAUGCAGCUGUGGCUUAGGCUGCCACUAGUGAAGGCCGAAUUUACAGAGAAUGAACCGGCUGAUGCAAGUAAUGAUUGCUUGAGUGGAAUAUUGAAUGAUUCAUGGGAAACGUGGAACUCAUUUAGAUUGCUAUGCGAACAUCACGUUCAAUUGUGUGUAGCUCUUGAUAUUCAGAGUUCACUUCCAUCAAUCAACUCUCUUCUGCGCUGGUUUGGAGAGCCUGUUAGAGCAGCAAUCGUUCAUACAGAUGCAUUUCUAACUAAUGCAAGGGGGUAUCCUUGCUUAUCGAAGCGACAUCAGAAGCUAAUCACAGCAUUCUUUGACCUUGGUUUUCAGAUUGUAAUCUCUGGUAGUUUGGUGCAUAAUAUUCCACAAGAAAGGGUGGAUGUUGUUCCUGCCAAUGAUAAUGACGGCCCUAACGAAGGUGCACCUGUUAGGCACGAGCUGAAGCCUUACCUGGAGUAUGUUGCUUACCUAUACCAAAGAAUGGAUCCCCUUUCUGAGCAAGAGCGUUUUGAGCUCAAUUACAGAGAUUUCCUGCAGGCCCCAUUACAGCCUCUCAUGGAUAAUCUAGAGGCUCAAACCUAUGAGACAUUUGAGAAAGAUACAGUAAAAUACAGCCAGUACCAACGUGCAAUUUGUGAAGCUUUACUUGACCGAGUCUCUGAUGAGCAAACUUCAUCGUCAAAUACGGUGCUAAUGGUUGUAGGAGCAGGACGAGGGCCGCUGGUGCGUGCUUCUUUGCAGGCAGCCAAAGAAGUUGACCGGAAAAUAAAGGUUUAUGCCGUGGAAAAGAAUCCAAAUGCUGUGGUGACACUUCAUAGUCUAAUCAAACUAGAGGGUUGGGAGAGCUUAGUUACUGUAAUUUCUUGUGAUAUGCGCUUUUGGGAUGCCCCCGAAAAGGCGGAUAUAUUGGUGAGUGAGUUGCUGGGCUCUUUCGGCGAUAAUGAACUUUCUCCCGAGUGUUUAGAUGGGGCGCAAAGAUUUUUGAAACCUGAUGGCAUUUCUAUUCCUUCUGCGUACACGAGUUAUCUCCAACCGAUAACGGCGACAAAGUUGUACAAUGAUGUGAAGUCAAAUAAGGACUUAGCACACAUGGAAACACCCUAUGUUGUGAAAUUGCAUAAAGUGGCCAGGCUUGCUCUGGCACAACCUGUCUUCACAUUUCUUCACCCGGAAUUCUCUCGCAAAAGAAACAACCAAAGAUACGCUAAGCUGAGAUUUGAGAUACCUCCUGACACAGGGUCUACUUUGGUGCACGGAUUUGCUGGCUACUUCGAUGCAGUUUUAUAUGGGGAUAUUCAUCUUAGCAUAGAACCAUCAAAGCCAACACCUGCCAUGUUCAGCUGGUAA